UCUAUAAUAUGAAAAUAAUUUUUAAAUAUAAGCUUAGGAUCGACAUUCUGUUUUUUGUGAUAAUUUAUUUAUUAUAACUAAUCGUCUGAAUCUGAAAUUAAAUUAAUAUUUAUAAUAUACUUCAAAUUUGGUAACCCUGCUAUCUUUCGAAUUUAUCAUUUUUAACUUUACGUUCCAAAUGGUGACGGUUACAUAUCAGACAAAAAUCUCAUAUACUGCAGUCGAGGGGAGAUCUCAGUGUUGUACCUACCCAUACUUGGAAUAAAAUUCCGAAUAAAUAACAAGAUGCAGGGCGAAUCUUCGAAUGACGAAAAUCAAGGUGAUAAUGUAUCGUGCCACAGUGACGAUUCAACUGUUUCAGCGACUAAUAGCAAUUCUAAGGAAAAAUUAGAUUUCCUGAUAAACAUGGAAUUGAAGCAUUCCGGCGUCUACUACGAUCUGCAUUCAAAGAAUAUUUUGUUAAAAGUUGAUUUGGAAAAUGUCUACAAUUCUUGUCAGCGUUUGGAGAAUCAAGCGAGGAAAAGGAGCGAACUCCUGGAAGAGAGUUACGAAAAGUUGACAGACUAUCAAAAGAAGAGUAGAUCACAAUUGCAAGAAAAACUGAAUUCGACUUUGAAGGAAAUAGAUACAAACAAUUACUUGUUUUGUACAGCUUUCAAAAAUUACGAUCCCGAGUUUUUGAAGAAUUCAGUUCAUCAAUUGGAUAAUGACGCAGAAAAGUUGGCUAAAGACGUCGAAAAAAAUACUGACUUUUUGCAAAAUCUUUGUCGCAAAGGCGAAAUUGCCGAAUCUUUGAUAACGUCCAAACCAAGCGAAGUCUCGAAUAUAGAGAUUGUAAACAAUAUGCUAUCCGAAAUGUCAAUGAAACGGCCCGAAAUCAAAUUGGAAGAAACUGUUACCAAGCUAUCAAAUGAACUUAAAAAUUUGGCGUUAAAACAGCAACAUAUGAAAUCUGCGUAUGAAAAAAAAUAGAUUACUUGAUAUUUUUUAAUUUGUGUUAUUUAAUUUCACUGAAAAACUGUGAUUCUACUGUAUAAAAGUACGUUAUGAGUAGCAAAUAAAAUAAUCAAAUAUGAAUAACGAA